UCUUCCUUUCUACCCCAAACAAGGAAGACAGAACUUCCCACCUUCAAAGUUCCGGGCUACAGGAAAAUAUAUAAAAUACAAGCCGUCUACGACCUCAGUCGACACGGCCAGGAAUUUUGGAUGCGACAAAACCCAGGAAUUUUAGUUUAGGUUGAUUAAUCCUCGUUAAUUACCCGUUUGGAUGAUCUGCAAUCCAUUCAAACUUUGUCAUAUAAAGUAUACACAGCCAUUUGAACUGCUUUAAUCCCCUGGAAGAAAGCAAAGCCUAAAAAAACAAUGGGGAGAAAUCGAAGCCGCAGCAUGAGCCGUAGCAGAAGCUACAGCCCCAGAAGAAGCCGAAGCCGCAGCAGAAGCCCUCCUCGCAGAAAGCCGCGAUAUGAUGAUUACAGAGAAAGGGAACGCUUCAGAGGAUUUAGGGACAGGAGAUCCUCGGCACCAACUGGGCUUCUUGUUCGAAAUAUUUCUCUCGAUGCAAGGCCUGAGGAUCUUCGAAUACCAUUUGAAAGGUUUGGACCAGUGAAAGAUGUUUAUCUUCCAAGAAAUUAUUAUACAGGUGAGCCACGGGGUUUCGGCUUUGUAAAAUACAGGAAUCCAGAUGACGCUGCAGAGGCUAAGUACCAUAUGAACCAUCAAAUAAUUGGUGGACGGGAAAUUACCAUUGUCUUUGCAGAAGAAAACAGGAAAAAUCCACAGGAGAUGAGAGCAAAUGCACGAACUGGUAGGAGCAGCAGAUAUGGUGAAGGUGGCUUUCGAAGGCGCUCACCCCCACGCUCUCCAAGGCGUCGUCGACAGUCCUACACACGCUCGCCGUCUCCACCCGGACAUGGCUCAAGAGGUCGCAGAGCUCAAGAAGACUACUAUUCAGAUGAAAGAUCUUUUUCACAGUCACCUUUCCCUCGCAGUGUGUCUAGAUCUCCUCGAGCUGCAGAUGUUAGGAGCCCACGUAGGGCAUCAAGUCCCAAAGAAAAUGGCAGAAGUCCAAUAAGGAGGCAGAUGCCAAUGCAGUCUCUCAGUCCUUCAUGAUGGUUUUGAUCCGACUGUUUUGGAAAGCUUUGAUAAGGUCGCUUGGUUUGUACAGUUGCUGUAUAUUGAUCUUGGACUAUCCAGAAGUUAUUGUUCAAGAAGUUUUGGUUAGCAGGCAUGGUAUUAACCUAUUUGACAGUGUGGUGAUUAUCUUAUGUAUUCUAAGACCGUAACCUGUUGAACUAUAGGAUUAUCCAGAAGUAUGAAUAUUUGUUAUUUGAAAAGAACCUACUUAGAUUUUACAUUCAACACUCACGACAAUGAUUAUGUUCUCCUUUUUUAAACAAGCAGAAUGUUAGGAUAGAUAUCAUUAUUCUAAAUAUGGAGAUAAAAUAUGGAAAUAUGCUAGUGUGUUUAUUUA